AUGGGCGCGUCACCAGUAGUAGGUCCAUGGCGAUGGGUGAUUCUCCUAGUAAGGACUGGCGUAUGUUUCGUGUCCUUUGGCGUCCUGAAGUCCAUGGGGUUGUUUAUAAAUGAGUUUGUUGAGUACUUUGAAUGCAGCACACGUGCAGCUGGUCUUGUCGUUAGCCUCCCAUUCACCAUUGGUAACGUAUCAGGGAUCUUCACUGGAGUUCUACUGAAAUUAUUUGGAACGAGACCAUUGAUGCUGUUCAGUGGUGCUGUAGCUGCAGGAUUUAUCAUCAUAGGUGCAGUGGUAUCGACGUCACUGGUCCAUAUUGCUUUGUGUUUCAUCGUAUGCAGUUUUGGAAAUGCCAUGGUGCGAAAUGCUUCAGUCGCAGCUCUGUUGAAAUAUUUCCCGGAUAAUUUCGCUUCCAUGAACGGGGUGAGUUUGAUAGGAGGCCCUGUGGGUAUGAUGAUCGUCCCUCCCGUGGUUCAGCAACUGAUCCAGCUUUAUGAUUGGCGAGGUGCUCUGGCUCUUCUCGGUGCAAUGACGGCAAAUGUUUGCGUCUUCGCUGCUUUGGUAAGACCUCUGCGUACCAGAAACUCCUACACGCCGAUAGCUGAUGGUGAGCCGAACUCUACAACUAACCCACCUCCCAACGAAUCACUUUGGCACAAAUUGAGACAAACGUUUGGAAUAAUCAGUGAGAAAAUUGACCUCCAAAUGUUUGCUGGUGAACAAGGAUUCGUUACCCUCCUGUUCGUUAGUUUCCUCGAGGGCUUAUUGUUCUGUGGUUGGCAUAUAUUUCUUAUCCCGAAUGCCACUGCUCUGGGUUUCAAUGAGACAAUGUCGUCAUUUCUGGCUACUUUUGCCGGCUUGGGAAGCGUAUUUGGGCGUCUUUUGUCCGGUUUUUUAAUCGACCAAGGACUGCUGCAAGCACAUUCCGUCUUGGCUCUCUCAGCUUUCUUGCUGGCCUUGGUUUUUCUCCUUGAUCCCAUCGCUGCACCAUCAUACGAGGCAGUUGCUACCCUUGCCACUAUUGGCGGGUUUGCCAUCGGAGUCGGCUAUCCAUUACUAAUCGUCUUGUCGGUUAAUUUUCAUGAAGAGAGAAGAGUGUCUGCCCUGUCUUGGAUGUUUUUGUUCACUGGUUUCGGUAUGUCAACAGGAGGUUUCGCAAUCGGUUGGAUAUAUGACGUGACUGGUGAUUAUGGAGUUGCUUUCUGUACGAUGGGAGUAACUUCUGCUGUCAUGGGGUUGUUGUCAUUGAAGUUGAGACCUACUUGCUUCUCAUGUAAAACUCAGGAUCGGGAGUAG